GCUGGGCGGGGCCGGGAAGCGGCAGUGGCGGCUACGCGCGCGCGCGCGCGCGCUGGAACGACCGGGAAACCCCGCGAGGGCCGGGGUGGGCCAGGCUGUAGGGACGACGGGCUGCGACGAUGGCCGCACCGGCGGGCGGCGGCGGGCAGGCGGCAGCGGUAGGCGCCACGGGCUCGGGGGUCGCGGCGGCAGCCGCAGGCCUAGCUGUUUAUCGGCGGAAAGAUGGGGGCCCGGCCACCAAGUUUUGGGAGAGCCCGGAGACGGUGUCCCAGCUGGAUUCGGUGCGGGUCUGGCUGGGCAAGCACUACAAGAAGUAUGUUCAUGCAGAUGCUCCUACCAAUAAAACACUGGCUGGGCUGGUGGUGCAGCUUCUUCAGUUCCAGGAAGAUGCCUUUGGGAAGCAUGUCACCAACCCGGCCUUCACCAAACUCCCUGCAAAGUGUUUCAUGGAUUUCAAAGCUGGAGGCACCUUAUGUCACAUUCUUGGGGCUGCUUACAAGUAUAAAAAUGAACAGGGAUGGCGGAGGUUUGACCUGCAGAACCCAUCUCGAAUGGAUCGUAAUGUGGAAAUGUUUAUGAACAUUGAAAAAACAUUGGUGCAGAACAAUUGUUUGACCAGACCCAACAUCUACCUCAUUCCAGACAUUGAUCUGAAGUUGGCUAACAAAUUGAAAGAUAUCAUCAAACGACAUCAGGGUACAUUUACGGAUGAGAAGUCAAAAGCUUCCCACCACAUUUACCCAUAUUCUUCCUCACAAGACGAUGAAGAAUGGUUGAGACCAGUGAUGAGAAAAGACAAGCAAGUGUUAGUGCAUUGGGGCUUUUAUCCAGACAGCUAUGAUACUUGGGUCCAUAGUAAUGAUGUUGAUGCUGAAAUUGAAGAUCCGCCAAUUCCAGAAAAGCCAUGGAAGGUUCAUGUGAAAUGGAUUUUGGACACUGAUAUUUUCAAUGAAUGGAUGAAUGAGGAGGAUUAUGAGGUGGAUGAAAAUAGGAAGCCUGUGAGUUUUCGUCAGCGGAUUUCAACCAAGAAUGAAGAGCCAGUCAGAAGUCCAGAAAGAAGAGAUAGAAAAGCAUCAGCUAAUGCUCGAAAGAGGAAACAUUCGCCUUCGCCUCCCCCUCCGACACCAACAGAAUCACGGAAGAAGAGUGGGAAGAAAGGCCAAGCUAGCCUUUAUGGGAAGCGCAGAAGUCAGAAAGAGGAAGAUGAGCAAGAAGAUCUAACCAAGGAUAUGGAAGACCCAACACCUGUACCCAAUAUAGAAGAAGUAGUACUUCCCAAAAAUGUGAACCUAAAGAAAGAUAGUGAAAAUACACCUGUUAAAGGAGGAACUGUAGCGGAUCUAGAUGAGCAGGAUGAAGAAACAGUCACAGCAGGAGGAAAGGAAGAUGAAGAUCCUGCCAAAGGUGAUCAGAGUCGAUCAGUUGACCCUGGGGAAGAUAAUGUGACAGAGCAGACCAAUCACAUUAUUAUUCCUAGUUAUGCAUCAUGGUUUGAUUAUAACUGUAUUCAUGUGAUUGAACGGCGUGCUCUUCCUGAGUUCUUCAAUGGAAAAAACAAAUCCAAGACUCCAGAAAUAUACUUGGCAUACCGAAAUUUUAUGAUAGACACGUAUCGCCUAAACCCCCAAGAGUAUUUAACUAGCACUGCUUGUCGGAGGAACUUGACUGGAGAUGUGUGUGCUGUGAUGAGGGUCCAUGCCUUUUUAGAGCAAUGGGGACUCGUUAAUUACCAAGUUGACCCGGAAAGUAGACCCAUGGCAAUGGGACCUCCUCCUACUCCUCAUUUUAAUGUAUUAGCUGAUACCCCCUCUGGGCUUGUGCCUCUGCAUCUUCGAUCACCUCAGGUUCCUGCUGCUCAACAGAUGCUAAAUUUUCCUGAGAAAAACAAGGAAAAACCAAUUGAUUUGCAGAACUUUGGUCUCCGUACUGACAUUUACUCCAAGAAAACAUUAGCAAAGAGUAAAGGUGCUAGUGCUGGAAGAGAAUGGACUGAACAGGAGACCCUUCUUCUCCUGGAGGCCCUGGAGAUGUACAAGGAUGAUUGGAACAAAGUGUCGGAACAUGUUGGAAGUCGUACUCAGGAUGAAUGCAUCCUCCACUUUUUGAGACUUCCCAUUGAGGACCCAUACCUUGAGAAUUCAGAUGCUUCCCUUGGGCCUUUGGCCUACCAGCCUGUCCCCUUUAGUCAGUCAGGAAAUCCAGUCAUGAGUACUGUUGCUUUUUUGGCAUCUGUGGUGGACCCUCGCGUGGCAUCUGCUGCAGCAAAAGCGGCUUUGGAGGAGUUUUCUCGGGUCCGGGAGGAGGUACCACUGGAAUUGGUUGAAGCUCAUGUCAAGAAAGUACAAGAAGCAGCACGAGCCUCUGGGAAAGUGGAUCCCACCUACGGUCUGGAGAGCAGCUGCAUUGCAGGCACAGGGCCUGAUGAGCCAGAGAAGCUUGAAGGAGCUGAAGAGGAAAAAAUGGAAGCCGACCCUGAUGGUCAGCAGCCUGAAAAGGCAGAAAAUAAAGUGGAAAAUGAAACCGAUGAAGGUGAUAAAGCACAAGGUGGAGAAAAUGAAAAAAAUAGUGAAAAGGAACAGGAUAGUGAAGUGAGUGAGGAUACCAAAUCAGAAGAAAAGGAGACUGAAGAGAACAAAGAACUCACUGAUACAUGUAAAGAAAGAGAAAGUGAUACUGGGAAGAAGAAAGUAGAACAUGAAAUUUCUGAAGGAAAUGUUGCCACAGCCGCAGCAGCUGCUCUUGCCUCAGCAGCUACCAAAGCCAAGCACCUGGCUGCAGUGGAAGAAAGAAAGAUCAAGUCCCUGGUAGCUCUCUUGGUUGAGACACAAAUGAAGAAACUAGAGAUCAAACUUCGACAUUUUGAAGAGCUGGAAACUAUCAUGGACAGGGAGAAAGAAGCUCUAGAACAACAGAGGCAGCAGUUGCUUACUGAACGCCAAAACUUCCACAUGGAACAGCUGAAGUAUGCUGAAUUACGAGCACGACAGCAAAUGGAACAGCAGCAGCAUGGCCAGAACCCUCAACAGGCACACCAGCACUCAGGAGGACCUGGCCUGGCCCCACUUGGAGCAGCAGGUCACCCUGGCAUGAUGCCUCAUCAACAGCCCCCUCCCUACCCUCUGAUGCACCACCAGAUGCCACCACCUCAUCCACCCCAGCCAGGUCAGAUACCAGGCCCAGGUUCCAUGAUGCCCGGGCAGCACAUGCCAGGCCGCAUGAUUCCCACUGUUGCAGCCAACAUCCACCCCUCUGGGAGUGGCCCUACCCCUCCUGGCAUGCCGCCAAUGCCAGGAAACAUGUUAGGACCCCGGGUACCCCUGACAGCACCUAACGGCAUGUAUCCCCCUCCACCACAGCAGCAGCCGCCGCCGCCACCACCUGCAGAUGGGGUCCCUCCGCCUCCUGCUCCUGGCCCGCCAGCCUCAGCUGCUCCUUAGCCUGGAAGAUGCAGGGAACAUCCACGCCCACCACCAUGAGCUGGAGUGGGGAUGACAAGACUUGUGUUCCUCAACUUUCUUGGGUUUCUUUCAGGAUUUUUCUUCUCGCAGCUCCAAGCACGUGUCCAGUGCCUCCCCACUCCUCUUACCACCCCUCUCUCUGACACUUUUUGUGUUGGGUCCUCAGCCAACACUCAGGGGGAAACCUGUGGUGACAGUGUGCCCUGGUCAUCCUUAAAAUAACCUGCAUCUCCCCUGUCCUGGUGUGGGAGUAAGCUGACAGUUUCUCUGCAGGUCCUGUCAACUUUAGCAUGCUACGUCUUUACCAUUUUUGCUUUCUUGCAGUUUUUUGCUUUGUCUUAUGCUUCUAUGGAUAAUGCUAUAUAAUCAUUAUCUUUUUAUCUUUCUGUUAUCAUUGUUUUAAAGGAGAGCAUCCUAAGUUAAUAGGAACCAAAAAAUAGUGAUGGGCAGAAGAGGGGGGGAAUAGCCACAGGGGACAAACCUUAAGGCAUUAUAAGUGACCUUAUUUCUGCUUUUCUGAGCUAAGAAUGGUGCUGAUGGUAAAGUUUGAGACUUUUGCCACACACAAAUGCGUAAAAAUUAAAAGAGAUGUGGAAGGAGAACCUCAGUGAUUUUAUUCCCUAGUGAGGCCUCUGAGGGCCUCCACACUGCCUGGCAGAACAUACCACUGAACUAGUAUGUGCUAGAGGAGAGCACAAACAUCCGCUCCUUCCCUAGGCCCGCUGGCUCUGGUUUUCUAUGCAGAUGACUCAUUGGAUUGGGGGUGAGUGUUUUGUUUUUCUGGGGGCAGUGUGAGCUUUGAGGGUUGGAAUAUUGGGAGGCAUUCCUUAGUUUUCUCAACUAGCCUGGAAAGUUAGGAGUCCAGGGUAAUUACACCCCCCCCCCCCGGCCCCCAAUGAGUCUAGCCUACUAUUCACUGCUUUGUGUGCAUUUUUUUCCUCCCUCUUUAAAAAACCCUUUAAAAGAAAAAAAAAAAGGUAGAUAGUGCUGAAUAUUUUAGCUCAUGAAACUUGGUUAGGAUGGCUAGGGGUACAAGUCCCCAAACUACCUCUUGUUACAGUAGCCAGGGAGUGGAAUUUCGUCAACUGGUACUUUUAAGGUUAGGAUGGGAUGGGAAAAGUGAAGCAGAAUAUUAGCUCCUUAUGCCUUCUCCCUUCCAUUUCUGAGAUCUCACAUUCCAUCUAUCACAAGGUUUUCAAAGAGAUGCUGAGGGUAACAAGGAACUCACUUGGCAGUGAGAGCAUCAUGCUUUGAGGUUUGGAGUGCUCAGGCUGGGAGGGUAGAAUGCCAUUCCAGAGGACAAGCCACAAAAAUGCCUUAAUUUGAGCUCGUAUUUACCCCUGCUGAUAAGUGACUUGAGAGUUCCCGGUUUUUUUCCUCUUGUCCUUUCCUCCCUUCUGUCCUUCCAUGUGUGGGGAAAGGGUGUUUUUGGUAGAGCUUGGUUUCCAAAGCGCCUGGCUUUCUCACUUCACAUUCUCAAGUGGUAGUUUCAUUAUUUAGAAUGCAAGGUGGACAUCUUUUGGAUAUCUUUUUCUAUAUAUUUUCUAAAGCUUUACAUAUGAGAGGGUAUAGGGAGGUGUUUAUAAAACACUUUAGAACUUUUUUCCUUAAUAUCAGAAAGCAAAAAAAAUAAAACCACAAUUGAGAUUUGCCUUUCAAACCCUUAGGUUUGCCUCUAACCAGGUGUCCCUGGUCACCAUCAGAGUACUGGAAUACUGGAACCGAGGAGACCUUGGUCCUUUUGUUUUUGUUCUGGACUCUUGGGAGUGGAAAUGGGAAUGAGUUUAUUCCUGCUGGAGCUUAGUUCCAAUGCAUUUGGCUCCAGAAAGACCCCAGUGCCUUUUGACAAUGGCCAGGGUUUUCCCUACUUCCUGCCAGUCUUUCCCAAAGGAAACUCAUUCCAAAUACUUAUCUUUUCCCCUGGAGUCCUAGAAGGAAAAUGGAAUUCUGGUUCAUACUGUGGUCCCUUGUAACCUCAGGUCUUUAAUGUGAUCACUUUCAAAUUUAAAAGAUCCAGGUGGAAAUAUUUUUACUAUAGUAAUAAUUCUACAAAAUACCUGAAUUCUUAACACUGUUACAUUUCAGUGUAAGUGGUGGCUUUUUCUUUUCAUGUCUUUGAUCUGGUUUUAUUCCUGUAAUUCAGCCACCUGAUUUUGUGAGGGGGUGGGGAAUAAUACGUGGUUUUUGUACAAACAUGUUUCUCAGUGUGUUAUUUUGGAGAAAAUGAGGGGAGGGAGUGUGGCGAGAUUGGAGAAAAUGAAUGAAGAAGGCCUAAUCUCCCUCUUUUUCAGUGAAUAAAUGGAACACCAUUUCUGGA